AAAUACCACUUUGGGCCGACUGAUUUUAGUCUCGGCCCAUCUCUCAUCUUUCGUUCGAAAUUCAAACCAAAAUCCCCCAACAUUCGCAGAUCUAAACCCACUCCACCAAAAAAUCUCCAGCAACAGCAACCACCGCCGCCGCCGCCGCCACAGCGACCACCGCAGUACUUCAUUUCGCAGCUUGUAUGAAAGCCUACAAUUGAAAUAUAAGGUAGCAGGGAGUGCUGUGCUCCGGAAAUUUUGAUCUGAAUGUGAAUGGAGUUUACAGAGGCUUACAAGCAGACCGGUCCUUGUUGCUUCUCGCCUAAUGCUCGCUACAUUGCCGUCGCCGUCGACUACCGCCUUGUCAUUCGCGACACUCUUUCCUUUAAGGUUGUGCAGUUGUUUUCAUGUUUGGAUAAGAUAAGCUAUAUCGAAUGGGCGCUUGAUUCUGAAUACAUUCUUUGUGGUCUAUAUAAAAGACCAAUGAUACAAGCAUGGUCACUGGCCCAACCUGAAUGGACAUGCAAGAUAGAUGAAGGUCCUGCCGGUAUUGCCUAUGCUAGGUGGAGCCCAGAUAGCCGUCACAUAAUUACCACAUCAGACUUCCAACUGCGGUUAACAGUUUGGUCGCUGUUAAACACAGCAUGUGUACAUGUGCAAUGGCCAAAGCAUCCUUCCAAGGGAGUUUCUUUUACCAAAGAUGGGCAAUUUGCUGCAAUUUGCACAAGGCGUGAUUGCAAGGACUAUAUUAAUCUUCUAUCCUGUCAUACAUGGGAAAUAAUGGGUGUAUUUGCUGUGGACACAUUGGACUUGGCCGAUAUUGAAUGGUCACCAGAUGACAGUGCAAUCGUGAUAUGGGAUUCUCCUCUAGAAUAUAAGGUUCUAAUAUACUCACCAGAUGGGAGGUGCCUAUAUAAGUAUCAAGCAUACGAAAGUGCAUUGGGCGUAAAAAGUGUUUCAUGGUCUCCAUGUGGCCAGUUUCUAGCAGUGGGUAGUUAUGACCAGAUGUUGCGGGUUUUGAAUCACUUGACUUGGAAGACUUUUGCUGAAUUUAUGCAUCUAUCUACUGUCCGUGCUCCCUGCUGUGCUGCCGUGUUUAAGGAAGUAGAUGAGCCACUGCUACUUGAUAUGUCUGAGCUAAGUAUAAGUGAUGAUUUUGCAGAAGGCAAUAAUGAUGAAGGACACAUCAGAGUCAGAUACGAAGUUACAGAAAUGCCCAUCAAUUUGCCUUUUCAGAAGCCUCCUGUAGACAAGCCUAACCCCAAACAGGGAAUUGGUCUAAUGUCAUGGAGCAACAAUAGCCAAUAUAUCUGUACCCGCAAUGAUAGCAUGCCAAGCAUUCUCUGGAUAUGGGACAUACGCCAUCUUGAACUCGCUGCUAUCUUGGUGCAGAAAGAUCCUAUUCGUGCAGCAGUUUGGGAUCCUACGUGCACUCGUCUUGUUGUUUGCACAGGAAGUUCUCAUCUGUACAUGUGGACUCCUGGUGGUGCCUACUGUGUGAGCAUCCCGCCGCAACCACAGUUUAGCAUAGUUGAUCUAAAAUGGAAUUCAGAUGGAAGCUGUCUUCUCCUGAAGGAUAAAGAGUUGUUUUGCUGCGCUGCUGUUGCCGUUCUUCCUGAAUCGAGUGAAUAUAGCUCGGAUGAUUGAGGCAGUUAGCAAUUUUCCAGAGUUUGUUGUAAAAAUUUGUAGAAUGUACAAUUAAGCAGUUUUCCUUGCUCCCCCUGUGUACUGUGUUAAUGUAGCAUUGGGAUGUUCCAUUUGUUCCAGUUGGAACAUCCAACAGUGUGAUUAAAUUGGUGCCCCUUCCCUCGUAUUUGUUUUUCCUUUCAGAGGAUUAGUACUAGUACCCAUUGGAUGUCACCAAUGACAGUGUGCUAAAUCAAUCAAACGUUGCCUUAUAUUUUAACCUUUUCA